ACACAGAGCGUGCGCGUCCGUGUUUCCUUGUCGGCCAUUUUGACUUAAGAAAUAAUGUCAAAAUCUUUUUCUGCUAACAGUUUAAAGCUCUGAAGGGGCCAGUGCUGAAGCAGGGCUGCUGAAGGAGGGAGGACGUUGGGGAUCUAUGGAUGCAGGAUGAUGCAUCGUAAACAAAAGAUCACAUCUCCCCUCUGACACCCUACAGAACAGGUCUGAUCACAGAUUGCUGUUUGUUUGUCUGACAUCUCAAACUGUUUCUGGUUCCUGUGUUGUAAUGUAAGGCAGCCCUUGCUGAUGGAUGGGUUAUCUGACCACUGACCACUCAAUCUAAGAAAAUUAAUGUGUGUAAACUGGUCUCCGCAUCCCAACCAAGGAAACACACCAUCUCCCUAAAGCAGGCACUCUCUUUCUUCUACAGGCUGCAGUCAUGUUCUGGAAGUUCGACCUGCACAACUCCUCUCAGGUUGAGAAGCUCUUGGAGAAGGAGGACGUGACCCUACAGGAGCUGCUGGAUGAAGAAGACGUGCUGCAGGAGUGCAAGGCCCAGAAUCAGCGCCUCCUCCUCUUCCUCACACGGGACAGCAGCAUGCUGGAGCUUCUCAACCUCAUCACGCACGAGCCCCCUACUGACCGGGAGGAGAAACUGCGCUACAAGUAUGCUAAUGUAGCAUGCGAGUUGUUGACGUGCGAUGUGUCCCUCAUCAACGAUAAAGUUGGUGGAGACGAGUCUCUGCUGAACACACUCUAUAACUUCUUAGAACAGACGCCACCGGUGAACCCUCUACUGGCCUCGUUCGUCAGUAAGACUUUUGGCAACCUCAUCACCCGCAAGACAGAGCAGGUGAUCGGUUUCCUAAAGAAGAAAGAGGAUUUUAUAGGGCAGGUGUUGAAACACUUGGACACGUCGGCCAUGAUGGAUCUGGUGCUGCGUCUCAUUAGCAGCGUGGAGCCUGCUUGUCUCAGACAGGAAGUGCUUAGUUGGCUGAAUGAAGAGAGGCUGAUCCAGAGACUCAUUGAGCUGAUACACCCUCACAGUGACAAUGAGAGGCAGUCGAAUGCAUCUCAGGCCCUGUGUGACAUCAUCCGUCUGAGCAGAGAUCAGGCCAGCCUGCUGCAGGAAUCUUCAGAGACCGACCCUCUGCUCACAACGCUAGAGCUACAGCAGAAUGUUGAGGCCCUAUUGAAGAACAUGUUUGAAGGAGAAAGGAGUGAAAUGUGCAUCGUCUAUGGAACGCUAGUGUUACUUACGUUGUUGGAAACUCGGAGACCUGGUGUUGAACAGGUGAUUGACCCGUGCUCUCAGGGAUUGGAAAAGUCAUACACUGUAAACAACAGCAUUUUAAUGGGCAUCCAACCACAUCUAAAGCACUUCAACCACCUUCUGUUAAACCCACCCAAGAAAUGUGUGAUGUUGACCACGAUGGGUGUUCUGGAGGAGCCAUUUGGCAACGCAAGGCUGCAUGCAUCCAGAUUGAUGGCUGCUCUCCUGUACACCAGAGCUCCCAGAAUCCACCAUGAGCUCUGCCAGCUGAACAUGAUCAACCUGCUGCUGGACUUGUUUUUUAAAUUCUCCUGGAAUAACUUCCUACACAUUCAAGUGGAACAUUGUGUCUCUGCCAUCCUAAACCAGACAACACCGAAUGGAAAAUCGCAUGACAGUCCAGAUCAGAUUCAGCUGGAAACACAAAACUCGGACACACAAAACUCAGACAGAUCUGACAUGUCCACACGCUGUGACUUGAUAAAGCAUCUGCUGAAGGACUGCAGGCUGGUUCAGAGGAUUUUGGAUGCUUGGGAAGAAAAUGACAAAACACAGGAAGCUGGAGGCAUGAGAAAAGGGUAUAUGGGUCAUCUGACCAGGAUCGCCAACACAGUUGUGCAGAAUGCAGAGCGAGAACAAGAACAGAUCACACAACUAAUAAAAGAGCUACCAGAGGACUACAAAGCACGCUGGGAACAGUUUGUGAAUGAAACACUAACAGAAACUAACAAGAAGAAUACUGCAGACCUGGUGUUCUCAGAUUAUCAGAUCCAGCAGAUGACGGCAAACUUUGUUGAUCAGUUUGGAUUGAAUGGCGAUGAAUUCGGAGAGCAUGACGGCAACAUCAGCGCCACGUUUGAUAGAAUCACAGAGAUCAACUUUAACCUGGUGGAUGAGGGGACGAGCUCUGCGAUAUUUGAGACUCGCACAAAGGAGCGAAUCCGGCCGUUUGAAGAUCCUGAGGAGGAGGAAGAUAUUUGGGAGGAUAAAGAAAUCAACUAUGCAACACAAGUGAAAGCCAGAAGCAGGUUUGGACUGGUGACAAAUGCUCAGAAAAGUGAGGUGGAUGUUGGCUCUCGCAGGCGUCUGGGGUCACCUGACAUGGAGUGGUUUCCAGAGACCAAACAAAAUCUAGACAAGACCAAGAUCCAGGACAUGGACAAGCAGUCCAGUGAUCUGCAGAGUCCUGGAUGGACAGCGAGUUUUGAAGAUGACUUCAGCUGUCGGGAUUUUGCGAGUAUCGCCAUGGAUACAGGCUCUAACGUGUGGGGAAGCUCUACCGCCCAGCUCAGCGAGACGGAGGAGAAGGGAUGGGCGACUUUUUCUGACUUCCAGCCUUUCUGCUGUUCAGAUGCAGGACCCAGAUGCAGUUCACCUGUGGACUCGGAAAAUCCAAACAAACAGAGCCAAAAUGAGGAAAUUAAAGGCUCGUCAGCGUGCGUGUGGAGUGUGUGUGGGGCGAGGAAGGCUCCCCUGGUGGCGUCCGACAGCAGCUCCAGUGGGUCAGACAGCGAGGAAGAAGAAGACAGGACCAACAUCAUCACAGAGAGCGUCGCCACGGGCAAUGCCAAGGAGAGCAUUACACUCAGUGUAGAUGCAAAACAUGAGACGGCAGUCUUCAACAGUGACACUAAUGCCAAAGCAACAGAUGGCAUGGCAACAGGAACCAUGGCGAUACCCAUCACCGGUACUCAGUCGCCAAAGGAGCAGAAGGGCGACUCCAGUAGUAACGGCCCAAUGUAACAGCGUUUGACUCGCCUCCAUGCCCAUGACAACCGUUUUUCCACUCAUGAAAUGUUAAAUGCUGUGGUUUCCCUGUUUUGGCAUUUGCUGUUCCCAUCGAUCUGCCGUGUAGUUACGUGGGUCUUUUUAGUUUGAGCAUGAGCGGUACUUUAGAUGAUCUGUCUUCCCUAAUGAAGACAUCUUCACUGUUGGAGCGCUGACCUUUGAACCCUGUGAGAGCGGCCCCACUUACAGUCUGUGUGUGUGUGUGUGUUGUUGAGCGUUGUGGAACUAGAAUAAGAUGCACAUCCAUAGAUGGAUUCUCACGUAUGCAUAAAAAUGCUUGGUACGUUGACAGGCGUGAUUUUUUUUUUUUUUUUUUUUUUUUUUUUUUAGGUUUCUGAAACAGUAUUUUCUAUUUAGAACAAGGCAUGAUAUCAACUGUGUGUGUGUACUUGUACAGCUAUCUUUGUGAGGACAAACAGAGUAAGGUGAGAACCUUUGUGAGAACCCUUUAAAGGUCUGUUUAGGUAUUUUCACACUGCGCUUAACCCUGGGUUAUUGUCAUUCUAAACCCCGCUUUUAACCCUGGUUAAAAAAUCAUUCACGCUUGUAAUUUAGAAGCGAAUUUAGAAGCGAGGUUAGCCCCACUUUUUACCCGGGGUUAUGAAACCCUGCUCUGGAGCAGGUUUAGCCCUGCUUUUUACCCGGGGUUAUGAAACCCUGCUCUGGAGCAGGUUUAGCCCUGCUUUUUACCCGGGGUUUUGAAACCCUGCUCUGGAGCAGGUUUAGCCCUGCUUUUUACCCGGGGUUAUGAAACCCUGCUCUGGAGCAGGUUUAGCCCUGCUUUUUACCUGGGGUUUUGAAACCCUGCUCUGGAGCAGGUUUAGCCCCGCUUUUUACCCGGGGUUAUGAAACCCUACUCUGGAGCAGGGUUAGCCCCGCUUUUUACCCGGGGUUAUGAAACCCUACUCUGGAGCAGGGUUAGCCCCGCUUUUUACCCGGGGUUAUGGAGCAGGGUUAGCCCCGCUUUUUACCGCAUUGGUGUGCCAACUUAAGUGUGAAAUGAUGCAGUGUUAGAAUGUUACAGCUAAACGCUUAGCAACAGACAACCAAUCGCAUACUCAUAUUUGCUUUGGACUGCUUUGGACACUGUGCAUUGUAUAUAAACAGUAAAUUCAGCAUUUGAGAGGAAAAAUGUCAAAUGCUGACAGAAACCACGACAAUUUGAGUAAAGAAGAGACUGUUUCAUUCUUACCUUUUAUAGUCCGAAAUGUCCAAUCAGUAUAAACUCGAUGGUAUAGUCGGCAAUAUAUACAUUAUGUAAACUAAUCUCGGCUGAUUUUAUCCAGUCAAUGACACUGACACCGCAAAUAUGCAAAUAUGGAUGUUAACCCAGGGUUUAGGAAUGUACAAUGUGAAAUGUCAGUUUAUGAAUACCCAGGAUUAAUUGUUAAACCCGGGUAAAUGAUGAGCAGUGUGAAACGUGAAGCAAGAUAACCCAGGAUUCCAUGUACCUGGGGUUUAGAAUGACCCAGGGUUAACCAUUUCAAGUGUGAAAAGCCCUUUUGAGGGUCAAGACUUGGUUUUAGGUAUAAGGUUAUAAUUAGGUUAUGGAUAGGUUUAGGUUUAGGCUCUUAGUUGUGGUGGGUAAGGAGCUAGAGAUUGCAUUGUGUCAUUGAAUGCCCUCACAAAGAUAGAUGUAUAUGUGUGUGUGUGUGUGUGUGUGUGUGUGUGUGUGUGUGUGUUCCGUCUUGAUCAGAGUCUCUGUUUGCUGUAGCCCUUGGGCCCGGUACUGAUUUUAUUUCAGUACUGAUUUGUUUGCACUUACGUUCCCACAGCAUUUAUGUUUCCAGUUCUGCCCACCAUCCACACAAACACACACAUAUAUGAGCAAAAAUAAUUGGGAGCAGGUCUCAAGAGUUCUGUUUUGUUGUGGGCUGUUUUUAUCCUAAAGAAAUAGUUCACCUAAAAGUAAAAAUUCUGUUAUUUACACAUCAUUGUGUUUCAAACAUAGACUUUCAUCUGGAGAACACGAGAUAUUUUAAAGAAUGUUCACGCUGAUCUUUUUUAUAGAACGUUAGCACAGAAGUCUUAUGAACCAACGUUCUACGCAUGGAAGGAAUGUUUGGAAGGGUUUGGAACGAUAAAUGAUGACAGAAUUAUAUUUUUGAGUGAGCUAUUCCUUUACGCGUGUUUAUGUAAGACUGUUUGACUCUGAUUGUGUUUGUGGUUGGUAUUUGAACGAACUCUCAGGUGAACGUCGUGUGUCCGAGCGGGUCUGUGUGCGAAAGAAGAUCAGAGGGCGCGUGUGCCUUGAAAUAUCAGAGAAUGACACAUCAGUAUGUUUAAUGUGUGCGCACUUAUCCUUAAUCAAUCUUCCUAUAUCACUGUCAGGUCUUAGUAAUAACUGUUGAUGUGUAUUCUUUACGCUGUGUACACUUAAUAUAUUUUUUAUGACUAAUUACUAGCCAACACUAGAACGCUGCAGUGUCCAUUUCAAUCUAGAGAGAUAGCAAUAAUAGUAGGGAUAAUUUCUUGGAAUUAUUUUCUUUUUUAGUAAUGUAGCUUUGACGAAAUGUGCACACAGGCACACAAACUGUUUGUGAGAGUGAGUGAGUGUGUGCGAAUGUUAAAGAGGCUCGGUGUGUUUUCAGUUUGAUUUUGCACUUUUAAAAACUUGAUUUUGAUACCAAAUGCAUUGGGAUAUUAGUGGCGGUACGAUGACGAUAAUGAGAGCCCUCGGUCAUUGUUUGGUCUAUGUGCAAUUUUGAAUUUAUAAGCCGUUGUGUAAUUAAUAUUGUAGAUGUUUGCCGAUGCGAGUGUGUUUGUUGUGUUUAGGAGACUUUGAGGGAGAUGCAAGAGAAAUGGCGACCGUGUGGUACCAGGCUCUGUGCUUGAAUGUAAUUCAUAUUUUUAUGUUUAUUUUAUUUCAAUGUUUUAAUAUUAUUAUUUUUUUUUUUUUGGCCAAAAUAUCUCUUUAAUAUUCCGUAUCUUUCCCAUACUGGAUGACAGGGUUUCAUUCUCUCAUUCCGGAGACUGAUUUUCUCAUUUCGAUAGUUCCUUCAUUCAUUUUUGUUUAUCUUUAAUUCAUCACUUAAAUACUGCCACUUUUAGUUGUGGAAUAUCAGUAAGGUCUUUAAUAGAAAUAAAUUCAAGACAUUAAUCCCCUUUUAUCGUCUUCCACGCACAUAUUAACCACUUUUGAGUGUACUCUAGUUCAAGCAUUUUUAGUUGACCUGUCAUAUACCGUUACACGGGUAUAGCAAGUUCUGCUGCUGUUAAUAAUAGUUAUAGUUUGUCAAUGCAUUAGCAGGGCAUUAGAACGAGAAAGAAAUUAUGGGGUUUUUAAUCAAAACUGUGACGUAAGAAUUAUGCCAAUGUAAUGCCACUCAAUUUGUGAUUCUAAUUUACACACUUUUUUUUAUUUUAUUUUUUUUUCAAUCAUUGUUUCAUAUCCCCUUCUUCCUUCACACCACUAUGAAGAUUUUAUAGCUGAGAAAUAGAUGCAUCAGAACCUGCAAUGUGAAAUUUACGUUUAUGUUGUUGGGUUCUUUUCUCUUCAGCUCUUGUAUGUAUUCAUGUACCCCAAAACACAAACUCAUAUUGUAUGUUAUGAACUGGUACAAUAUUUUGUGGUAUGUUCUGCCUUGAGUGUCUGUCCAUGGUAUGAAACUGGAACACUGUUGUCAUUUAGUCAAAUGCCUUUUUAAUGUAAACUGAUGCUGGUGGUUUCUUUUUUUUUAUUUUAUUUUGGUAUAAUGCAAUACUGUACCUGUUAUCUGUUGUCAGAGUUAGGCUUUAAAAUCAGAUAUCAAACAAAUAAAUAUUUCAAAUGGG